CACCGGGGAGAGCGUUGACAGAGCAGGGAGUCCACCUGCAGGUCAGUGACCGGCGGCGCAAGCGGCGUUGGCUGAGACGGAGGUCCGCCAGGAACCGGGAGGUACGCCGAUGUCGUUGGCCGCCGCCGCCAACAUCGGCCGGGAGCAGGAGCGAGAGCAGGAUAAGGGCGGGGACGAGGGCGAGCGCGAGGGCGAGGAGGUGCCUGAGUGGUGGGUCUUCCCCUUCCUGCUUCUCACAGCGGCGUACAGCCCGUGGAGCGGUCGGGCCCCGUCGGAGUGGAAGCACCUCGACUCUUCGGACGGGCCGUCUAUAAAGCGGAAGGGCGGGGACGUCACCGUGGACUCUGAAAACCCCGUGUGCAGCCCCGCGGUGAUGUCUCGCCUCAACCCCAACGGCGACGCUUUGAGCCGCCGCCAACACUUCGCCGCAAUCAAGCGAGAGAAGGAGCAGGAGAGGAAAAAAGCGGCCGACAAGAGACUUCAAGAAGCUUGGAAGGAAGCCCUUGAGACGAAGAAGAAGGGUCUGGCCGCCUUAGAGGCUGCGAGCACACACAUCGAGACCAUAGGCGCGAACAUGAAGAGGAUGGUCGAGCUCAAGGAGGCGGAGGCUGUGGGCAUCAAGCGUAAGAACAGGAUCAAGGUUCUCGAGAAAAAAGUUAUGCUGCGUCUGGGGGACGAGACAGAGAACCGGGCGGAGCUCGAGUUCUUGCUAAACGAGUUUAGUUAUCCCAUUACGGUUGUAUUGCGUGUUGGCAUGUGA